AUGCUUGACGGUCACACGAUCCCCCAACUCGGCUUUGGAAGCGGUACCGCCCAUUAUAAGCAAGAUGCCGUCAAGCCUAUACUCAUGGCUCUUCGCGCGAAUUAUACGCAUAUCGAUACCGCGCAGAUGUAUGACAACGAGGACACGGUGGGCGAUGCGAUCAGUCAGUCUGGAAUUCCACGCGAGAAGUUGUUCGUGACGACCAAGGUGUUGGAACUGGCUGAAGGCGAGACGAUCGAAGACAACCUCAAGGGCAGCCUUACAAAGCUGAAGAUGGACUAUGUCGACUUAUUCCUUCUUCACGCGGCGAUCAAGUUCGACAAACCUGGGCAGCUGGAGGAUGUGUGGAAGCAGAUGGAGGCCGUGAAAGAUAUGGGUCUAGGAAGGAGCAUUGGAGUUUCCAACUUUCAAGCUGGGGAGCUUGAACGUAUCCUCAAAGUCGCAAGGUACAAGCCGGUCGUUAACCAACUAGAGUUCCAUCCAUAUGCCUACGCGCAACUCCGCCCUGUCCUCAAGCUUCAGGAGGAGCACGGCAUCCUCACCGAAUCCUACGGUGGCCUCACGCCUCUGACCAAGAAGACGGAUGGGCCGGUCAAUGCAGUGCUCGUAGAGCUGGCAGCCAAAAUCGGCGGAACACAGACGCAAGUACUGAUGAAAUGGCUGGAUCAGAAGGGUAUUAUUGCCGUGACGACGACCUCGAAGGAAGAGCGCUUGAAGGAGUAUGUCGAUGUCUACAGCUUGCCAAAUCUUACCCAGGAGGACAUCCAAGCAAUUGAGGAAGCAGGCGCAAAGCUGCAGUAUUCGCGUCUUGCGCUAUAUUUGGAGGCCGAAAGGAAGAAAGCACAGGAGGUGAGAGAUGGUGCACAGAGCACCAGCGCUUGA